AUGGAUCUUGCUAUCGCCAAUUAUGGUACCAAUAAUGUCGGUAUCAUGCUUGGGGCUAGUAACGGCACUUUCGUAAAGCAAAUCACAUUCUCAACUGGUCUUAAUUCCCAUCCUUACUCCCUUGCCGUCGGUCAUUUAAAUGAAGACACCAUACCAGAUAUUGCCGUCACCAAUCAUGGAAAUUACAGUGUGGGUAUACUUUUUGGGAAUGACAACGGAACUUUUAUAAGACCAACGAUAUAUUCGCUCGGCAUGGCUUCUCCAUAUUCUAUUGGCAUUGGUGACUUCAACAACGACAAUCGAAUGGAUUUAGUCGUCACCAAUAAUGGCACUGACAAUAUAGCUCUACUUGUCGGGCAUGGCAACGGUACUUUUGCAAGCCCAAAACUGUAUUCAACUGGAUCUUCUUCAUCAAUCUCCAUUGUCAUAGGUGAUUUAAAUAGCGACAAUCGUUCAGACAUUGCCUUCAUCAACAAUGAUACGGGCACCCUAGGUAUAAUGCUUGGCUAUGGUGAGUUUUUUCCAAUUCAAACGACAUAUGUAACUGGCACUGGACCAUACUGUGUAGCUGUUGGUGAUUUCAACCACGACACCAGAUUAGAUAUUGUAGUUGCUAAUAGGGGUAGCAACACUGUAGGUGUACUUUUGGGAUAUGGAAAUGGUUCUAUUGGUGAUCAGAUGACAUAUUCAACUGACUCUUGGCCACUCUCUGUAGCUGUUGGCGACUUUAACAGCGACAACCAUCUGGAUUUCGUCGUUGCUAAUAAUCGUGACCAGACUGUAAGUAUCCUUCUCGGAUAUGGUGAUGGCUCCUUUGUAAAUCAAACGACAUUUUCAACUGGCUCUCAGUCAGCCUCUGUAGCUGUUGGUGACUUUAACAGCGACACCCAUCUGGAUAUCGUCGUCGCUAAUGCUGGUGACAACACUGUAAGUGUUCUUCUCGGAUAUGGAAAUGGCUCUUUUGCAAAUCAAACGACAUAUUCAACUGGCUCUGCCCCAUUUUCUAUAGCUGUUGGCGAUUUUAAUAAUGACAGCCAACUAGAUAUCGCCGUUGCUAAUCAGAAUGACAACACUGUAAGUGUUCUUCUCGGAUAUGGAAAUGGCUCGUUUGCAAAUCAAACGACAUAUUCAACUGGCUCUGCCCCAUUUUCUGUAGCUGUUGGUGAUUUUAAUAAUGAUAGUCAACUGGAUAUCGUCGUUACUAAUCUGGAUGACAAUACUGUAAGUGUCCUUCUUGGAUAUGGCAAUGGCUCUUUUGCAAAUCAAACGACAUAUUCAACUGGCUCUGAUCCACAAUCUGUAACUCUUGGUGAUUUUAAUAACGAUACUCGAUUGGAUAUCAUCGUUGCUAAUUUUGGUGACAACACUGUAGGCAUCCUUCUCGGAUAUGGCAAUGGCUCUUUUGCAAAUCAAACGACAUAUUCAACUGGCUCUGAUCCACAAGCUGUAGCUGUUGGUGACUUUAAUAACGACACUCGAUCGGAUAUUGUCGUCGCUAAUUUUGAUGACAAAACUGUAGGUGUACUACUUCGGUAUGACAGAGGAGCUCUGAAAGAUAAAAUUACAUUUGCGCCUGCCGAUGGUUCUCGUUUGCGAAACUUUGCCCUUUUUGAUUUCAAUAACGAUAGCCUAUUGGAUAUCGCUGUUGUCAAUUAUGGUACGAAUAACAUAGGUGUCCUUCUUGGACAUGGGAAUGGCACUUUUGGAAAUCAAAUGGUGCUCUCAACAGGCUUAAAUUCUCAUCCUUACUCCAUCACUAUCCAUGAUUUUAAUAGAGACGGUCAAGCAGAUAUGGCCGUGGCCAAUCAUGGUACUAAAAAUCUUGUUACGUUUCUUGGUAGUGGAAAUGGAACAUUUGAAAAUCAAGGACGUUACGAUGUAGAUUUCAAUUUCGCUCCACUGAUGAUUGGUGCUGGUAGUUUCAACAAAGAUGGGCGUUCAGAAAUUUUCGUUGCAUAUGAUGACAUCGAUUAUGUAGAUGUGCUGGUUACAUACGACAUCGGAUCUUUCAGUCAUGACAUUAAAUAUUCAACUGGCGACUGGCCCCAAUCUGUAGCUCUUGGCGAUUUUAAUAACGACACCCAACUGGAUAUCGUCAUCGCUAAUCAGUUCGACAACACUGUUAGCAUACUUAUCGGAUAUGGAAAUGGUUCUUUCACUAAUCAAACGACAUAUUCAACUGGUUUUAACCCAUACUCUGUAACUGUUGGUGAUUUUAACAACGACACCAAUCUGGAUAUCGUCGUCGCUAAUUCUGAUGACAACACUGUAAGCAUCCUCCUUGGAUACGCCGAUGGCUCGUUUGCAAAUCAGACGACAUAUUCAACUGGUUCUAAACCAUACUUUGUGGCUGUUGGCGAUUUUAACAACGACACCAAUCUGGAUAUCGUCGUCGCUAAUCUUCAUGGCAACACUGUAAGUGUACUUAUCGGAUAUGGUAAUGGCUCUUUUGCAAGUGAAACGACAUAUUCAACUGGCUCUUACCCAAUUGCUGUAGCUGUUGCCCAUUUUAAUAACGACACCAAUUCGGAUAUCAUCGUCGCUAAUACUGAUGGCAACACUAUAAGUGUACUUCUCGGAUAUGGUGAUGGCUCUUUUGCAAAUCAAACGACAUAUUCAACUGGCUCUGGACUAAGUUCUGUAGCUAUUGAUGAUUUUAAUAAUGACAACCGACUGGAUAUCGUCGUCACUAAUUGGAAUGACAACACUAUGGGUAUCCUUCUUGGAUAUGGCAAUGGUGUUUUUACAAAUCAAAUGAUCUAUUCAACUGGCACUAGUCCUUCAUCUGUAGCUGUUGGCGAUUUUAAUAAUGACACCAGAUUGGAUAUUGUCGUCACUAAUCUCAAUGGGGAAAGUGUCAGUGUAUAUCUGGGAAAUCCUAAUGAAGGUUUUCUAAAUCAAAUGAGACUCAUAACUGGCAAUGGAUCUCGCCCUAAGUCAUUCGCCAUUGGAGAUUUUAACAAUGACAAUGAAAUGGAUAUAGCAGUAGCGAAUUCAGGCAUUAACAACGUCGGUAUUUUUCUAAGAUAUGACAAUGGUUCCUUCGGAAAUCAAAUGGCAUAUGCAACUGAUUCUUCUCCAUGGUCGGUAGCUGUUGGUGAUUUCAACAAUGAUAUCAUACUUGAUAUUGUCGUCGCGAAUCUUGGCAGUGACAAUGUUGGUGUAUUUCUUGGACGGGGUAAUGGUUCGUUUUCAAGCCAGAAAACGUUUACAACUGGUUUAAGCUCUCAACCAAACGCGGUUGCUGUUGAAGAUUUCAACAACGACACCUUGCUAGACAUUAUUGUCGCUAAUUAUGGCACAAACAACAUAGGUGUGUUGCUUGGUUAUGGGAAUGGCUCGUUCACAAGUGUCAAGCUUUUUUCGACCGGUUAUGGAUCUCUUCCGUUCUCAGUUUCUGUUCAUGAUUUAGACAACGAUGGAAAAUUAGAUUUCGUCGUCGCCAAUGAAGGUGCUGACAAUUUAAACAUUUUUUUACAGACCUGUUAA